CGGAGAGUAAGAUCAAGUAGGAAGUUAAGGCAAGAGAGAGUAAGAUCAAGUAGGAAGUUAAGGCAAGAGUGAGUUUCGGUAAAAAUUAUUUUGGUCAAAUAUUGUACAUUUGCCUGUUGACUAACGUAGGCUAGCUGCUAGCAAUGAAGGACACUUUGGCCCUUGUACAGAAAUUUAAUGCGCAUCCAGAUUCCCGCUGUUGGUAUGUUGCGUGGAACCCAAAUGGCAUGUUGCUGGCCUCAUGCGGGGGUGACCGGGCUAUUCGGAUAUGGGGAAGGGAAGGUGACUCUUGGGAAUGCAAGACUGUGCUUCAGGAUGGACACCAGAGAACAGUCAGAAAGGUUGCAUGGUCCCCAUGUGGGAACUACCUAGCCUCAGCCAGCUUUGAUGCCACAACCUGUAUCUGGAAAAAGAAGAAUGAUGACUUUGAGUGCUUGACUGUGUUGGAAGGACAUGAGAAUGAGGUCAAAUGUGUGGCCUGGGCCCCAUCGGGUAACUUGCUGGCUACAUGUAGCAGAGACAAAAGCGUCUGGAUUUGGGAAGUGGAUGAGGAGGAUGAGUAUGAGUGUGUGAGUGUGGUGAACGCCCAUACACAGGAUGUCAAGCAUGUUGUCUGGCAUCCAACACAGGAGCUCUUGGCCUCAUGUAGCUAUGACAACAACGUGUGUGUCUAUAAAGAAGAGGAUGAUGACUGGGAGUGCAGGGCAACCCUGGAGGGACACACCUCCACUGUCUGGGGUUUGUCCUUUGACCCAAGUGGUCAGAGACUGGCCUCCUGCAGUGACGAUCGUACUGUGAAGAUCUGGAAAGAAUGUAAUACUGGAGAAGGCGCAUAUGCGGGUUGGAAAUGUGUUUGCACCCUUUCAGGUUUCCACGGACGGACAGUGUAUGAUGUAGCAUGGUGUCCGCUGACUGGUGCCCUGGCGACUGCAUGUGGUGAUGACGGAGUGCGUGUGUUUAAGGAAGAUGAGACGGCUGACCCAGACCAGCCUAUUUUCUUCCUGUCUGCCCAUGUACCCAAGGCCCAUGCCCAGGAUGUCAACUGUAUUGCCUGGCACCCCAAGGAGGCAGGGCUCCUUGUCUCCUGCAGUGAUAAUGGGGAGAUCGCACUCUGGAACUAUCAGUCUGAGAACAUAUGAUGGACCAGUUAGGACUUUCAGAUCCUGUAUGACAGGCAGAAUUUAUUUGCAGAAGCAACCGGCACUGAAAUAAAAAUAUUGUAACAUA